GCCACAAUGACCUCCAGUUUGGUGCUCCUGAUCGCCAGUAUUGUGCACUUCGGAAUGCGCGGCAGCUGUCUGCUGGACAUCGAGCGCUUCCAGGUGAUUCCGGGCACCGUGUACGCCGGUCACAUUGCCUACUGCGCCAUCCUGCACUUCCUGCACGACACGGAGGUCCUGCCGCUGCGCUAUCGCCGCCGGAUGGGCUGGCUGGCCGCCUUCCUCGUCGAACUGGUCCUGGGCGUGGCCAUCAUGGAGGUCCUGGCCCUGUGGCUUUGGUGCAGUGUGGAGCACAUCCUCCACCUGGCCACUCAAUUCGUCCUUCGUCGCUACCUCGGCGUCUCCCCGGAUCUCUACCAGCGCUGGGAAUGGGCCAUCAUGGGCGGCCUGAUGACCUCGUUGGCGGCUCUGCUCUGGCUAAAUGCCUACGAGGCCACGGAGCCCGAGCCUGAGUUGCUAUCCAGUGAGAAGAAAGUCAAGUCGAGGGUUGGGAGUCAUCAGCCGAUCAAGCGGGAGGAGAAGAAGCAGGAGCAGCAGGAGGUGAAAGAUCAAGAGGAAGUGCAGCCUUCGGAGGAGCAACCAGAAGAACCAGAAGAGAUUUCUGGAAGUUUUGAAGUUCUGGCCACAACCACCGAUUGCUAGCCAGUGCUAACCUAUCUCCUAUCCACUAUCCUCUAGCCUAACCCUUUGAAGUCCGCCGGACAAAAGGACUCCCUCGGCAAAAGCGGCCUCAAUUAGUUGAACGAUCCUGCCGGGAAGGGAACAAAACCAGGAGAAGGAGCAGUAGCACCCGGAACAGGGGAAAGCAAAUGUAUUUAUUCCAGCCAGAUGGACUCGAAAAGCUCUAAAGACCGUGGCAAAAAGGAUGCUGGGAAAGAGGGGGCGUGGCCAGUGCUGAGAAUGGGUGCUGAAAAUGAUGGACUGCAGUAAAAUGUCUAUGAAAAUUGA